ACAGCAGCAUGUAGGGCAGAGAGUUCCAACCUGGACAGAGGUGUUCAGGUAACUAUGGCCUCAUCUGACACUGGAGGACCAAGAGUGGCUGUUAUCGGCGGUGGUUUGGUUGGAGCGCUGAACGCAUGCUUUCUUGCAAAGAGGAAUUUUCAAGUUGAUGUGUAUGAAGCUCGGGAAGAUAUUCGAGUGGCUAAGUCAACACGUGGAAGAAGCAUUAACUUGGCCCUUUCUUAUAGAGGACGGCAGGCCUUGAAGGCCAUAGGUCUGGAAGACCAGGUCGUUUCCAAAGGAGUGCCCAUGAGAGCGAGAAUGAUUCACUCUCUCUCAGGAAAGAAGUCUGCAAUUCCCUAUGGGAACAGUUCUCAGUAUAUCCUUUCCAUAAGCAGAGAGAAGUUAAACAAGGAUCUACUGACUGCGGUGGAGUCAUAUCCCAAUGCGAAGGUGCACUUUGGCCACAAGCUGUCGAAAUGCCAUCCCGAGGAAGGGGUGGUCACCGUGCUUGGACCUGACCAAGUUCCCAGAGAUGUCACUUAUGACCUCAUUGUAGGAUGCGAUGGAGCCUAUUCAACGGUCAGAGCCCACCUCAUGAAGAAGCCUCGCUUUGACUACAGUCAGCAAUACAUCCCGCAUGGGUACAUGGAGCUGACAAUUCCACCUAAGAAUGGGGAGUAUGCCAUGGAACCUAAUUGUCUUCAUAUUUGGCCUAGAAAUGCCUUUAUGAUGAUUGCCCUUCCAAAUAUGGACAAAUCCUUCACAUGUACCUUGUUCAUGCCCUUCGAAGAAUUUGAAAACCUUCCAACAAAUUACGAUGUGCUGAACUUCUUUCAGAAGAACUUUCCAGAUGCCAUCCCUCUGAUGGGAGAGCAAGCCCUCCUGAGAGACUUCUUCCUGUUGCCUGCCCAGCCCAUGGUAUCAGUGAAGUGUUCUCCCUUCCACCUGAAGUCACACUGUGUGCUGAUGGGGGACGCAGCUCACGCCAUCGUUCCGUUUUUCGGGCAAGGAAUGAAUGCGGGCUUUGAAGACUGUUUGGUAUUUGAUGAGUUAAUGGACAAAUUCAAUAAUGAUCUUAGUUUGUGCCUUCCUGAAUUCUCAAGAUUUAGGAUUCCAGAUGACCACGCAAUUUCAGACCUGUCUAUGUACAAUUAUAUAGAGAUGCGAGCGCAUGUCAACUCCAGGUGGUUCCUGUUUCAGAGGCUCCUAAAUAGAUUUCUUCAUGCUAUCAUGCCAUCAACCUUUAUCCCUCUCUAUACCAUGGUUGCCUUCACCAGAAUAAGAUACCAUGAGGCAGUGCUGCGCUGGCAUUGGCAGAAAAAGGUGAUAAACAAAGGACUCUUCAUCCUUGGAUCCCUGAUGGCCAUUGGAAGUGCCUACCUACUUGUGCACCACCUGUCCCCGAGACCUCUGGAAUUCUUGAGAAGGCCGGCAUGGACUGGAACCACUGACUACUGGAAUAGAAGCACAGGUGUCUUCCAGCAAGUUCCAUGGAGUCACUAGGACAAACUAGAGCGUCAAGGUUCCGAGGAGCAAGUAUUUGUUCUCUCUCCAAAAUUAAGGACAAGAAGCAUGUUUACUUUGGCACAUUCAAUUCACUACUGGAAAAUAAUUGUCAGCAUAUAAUUAAGUUUCCUGUAGAAUGUUUGUGUCUGCCGAGGAAAGGGAAAUGCUGCUGCUGGUUUUUUUGUAGUGUUUCCAUCACUUUGCAUGCUUG